CGAUUUGUUACACUCGGUUAAUAGGACACGAUAAAUAGCGGUUUGAAUUCAGCAUCCCGCUCGGUUUUGUUUCAGUGUUGAUUUCACAAACGAGCGUCCGUAACUUUCAAAUCAAUAUAGAUGCGUAUCCUCUGCAUCAGAGACAACCUUGAGCUUCCGCACACAUAUAUUCCUUGUGAUGUCACAGCCGCAAUUUCAGCCACCCCCAGGGCAAUACCCGCCCCCUCAGGCGCAGUACCCACCCCCACAACAGGGCUACCCACCCCCUCAGCAGGGCUACCCACCCCCUCAGACGGGAUAUGCGCCCCCACCAGUUCAAACAGUCGUGGUGGCCCAGCCUGUGGCUAUGUGCGGGGCCCCCGCGAUGCGGGAGUGUCCGGCCAGGGUCACCUGUGCCUCCUGUCGUGCUGAUAUCGUGACGGGUACAACGUUUGAGACGGGGAUGUUGACUUGGCUCAUUGCUGGAAUCCUCUGUCUGUUUGGAUGCUGGCCAUGCUGUUUGAUUCCGUUCUGUGUUGACGGAUGUAAAGACGUCAUCCACACUUGUCCAAACUGUAAAGCCCAAGUGGGCGUAUACCGGCGCAUGUGAACGGAACGUGCCCAUUUCACAAAAUAUCAGUAAAACGUCAUGGGAACCGAGCGUGCCCUCUUCACAAAAUAUCAGUAAAACGUCAUUGGAACUGAACUUGCCCCCUUCACAAAAUAUUGAUAAACGUCGUGUGUAGAUUGAAUAGCACUUGUUGUGGUUCAUAAUACUUGUGUGUGUAUUGAUGACAAUGUUCAUGGACACUUGAUACAAACAAUGUCACGAUGCGAGAUCCCUGCAGCUCACCGUUUGUUCCUCCGCUCCACCACGUUCUUUUUAAUGGUGAACAUUACAUUGUUUUACAGUGGCUCAAUGUCAAGUGUAAAUCUGGAUUCACAAUAUUUUUGGAAUUCUAUGAUUUUAGGUUUGAAUGUUAAAAUUUUUAUAUUAUCAACAAUGCAUCAAGCAUAAAAUCACCAAGUAAUUGUGUAUCAUAACCAAUGAUGAUACAUUUCGUCAUAUUAAUUAUAGUCAUCACGUGACUAGCUUUCGCACAAUACGAUGUGUAGGUAAAAGAGUUAGUUUACAUGUACCAUCAUGUACAUUUCAUUUAUAUUAGUAUAUACUUCUUUAAGGAGGCACUCUACAUCGUCACAUUGGCUGACUUCCUUUUAAAACAUGGAUGAAAAUAUAGAUAUCAGCAAUAUUUGUAUAUUCGUUUAAAAAAUCAUCGCCUAGCUGAGUAGCUCAGUAGGUUAGCACGUCGACUGGUGAGCUAUAGAUCCCGGGUUCAAGUCCAGCAGAGUUUUAUUUUUUUUCUCUCUCCAGAUUUGUUUCUACUAAAACUGCAUUUUUUGACUAAAUUAAGUAAAUUUGAAAAUUUUCAGUUUCAAAAUAUUGUUGAACAUAUCCUUCGCUUUUCAUCCACAUCAAAUUUCUCUGGUGUAGUAUACCUCCUUAAAAUAGUACGAGAGUAUUUAAUAUGGUAAAUUGACUCAUAACGUCCAAUAGCGAGAACAUGAAUUGGUGAAUGUACUGUUGAUCCAAACACAUGUAGAUCAAUCAAGGUAUUAAAAGCGCUUGCAAUCAUAUUUUUGAUGUGCGAAAUGAUCACAGAUACAUAUACUGUAUAGCGGGGUUUUUUCCCCGCGAGUCUAAAGCGAUUUGAUUGCUCAAAUGUAUGCUAAUAAUUUUAGCAGAAUAAAAUUUGGUGGACAAGGAAGGGUUUUCUCUCUUGCAAAUCUUGAAGUCGCAUUUGGGUGCAUAUUGGGCGAGUGAAAUUUUAGAGGAAAGCUAUCUAACCGCUAAAUAAGCCAAAUUUAUCACCCUGAUAAAAAAACACCGCUAUACGGUAUAUAUAAAUUUUCUUUAGACUUCUAUCUAUUCUAAAAAUGUAGACAAAGAUUUAAUUCUUAACCAUUUUCCCCUCCACAUAAUCAGACUAGUGUUCUGAUUAAGACUAGCCUUUUAUUACAUCAAGUUGUUACAUAAAUGUAUUUUACAUCAUGCAGUUUUAUACCCAUAAAAUAGAAUUUGUGGUAUUCCUCCUAACUGCUGAUGGUCGAAUGUGGUUUAUAUCUUUUGAUUUUAUAAGUUGGUAUUUUGGAAUUACUUCACAUAUGAGCGAUAUUUCUGACUGACUAACUGCCUGAUUUCGUCGAAUGAUCCCCACAUAACGGUGAAGUGGUUGUAUGAUCCCCACAUAACGGUUAAGUGGUUAAACAUUACCGCAUGAUGGUUAAGGGGUCGAAUGUUCCCCACGUGAUGUAAAUAGUUGAAUGGUCCACACAUGACAAUUAAAUGGUUGAAUAAUCCCCACAAAGCAGUUAAGUGGUUGAAUGACCCCCACAUAACGGUUAAGUGGUUGUAUGUUCCCCUCAUAACGGUGAAGUGGUUGACAUCCCCACAAAACGGUUAAGUGGUUGAAUGACCCCCACAUAACAGUUAAGUGGUUGAAUGACCCCCACAUAACAGUUAAGUGGUUGAAUGACCCCCACAUAACAGUUAAAUGGUUGAAUGACCCCCACAUAACGGUUAAGUGGUUGUAUGUUCCCCACAUAACGGUGAAGUGGUUGACAUCCCCAUAAAACGGUUAAGUGGUUGAACAUCCCCACAAAACGGUUAAGUGGUUGAAUGACCCCACAUAACGGUUAAGUGGUUGAAUGACCCCCACAAAACGGUUAAGUGGUUGAACAUCCACACACAUGAACGUACAUGUAAGUGUAUAUAGAUUUGGUUUUACUAUAGUUACACUUCUGAUGAUUGUUGUUCAUGCUAAAGGACGGAGUACAUCGUCAUGAUGUAUAUCUAUUAUCAGAAAUUAUAAUUAUUUUUUUUUUAAAUCGAUAGGAGAUUUUUAAAUCUUUUAUAGUGUGUAUACAUUUAGGAAAUAGAUCGUAAUAUGAUAUAAUAUAUUCUAAUAUAAAGAUUGUGCCUAUAUCUUGUAUCAGUAUUAUAUGGAAAGAGACUAUGAAAUGUGUACCGUGUAUUUGUGUCGGUUAAUGAUAUUGUAAAGACAGAUUAAUCAAUCUCAUGCUUAUUUCAAAGCCUUUCAGAUUGUGGAAACUGUUAUAUAUACAAAAUACAUGUAGUGUCUUCUUGAUUUGCAAUCCUAGUUUAUGAUUUGGUGAUUUCUAUACUGAGUAUGCAUUGCUUUAGUAUAUGCAUGUUCUUAAUUCGAGAUUAUUUUGUUGUUCAAGCAUACGUAUUGUGUCUAAAUGAAUGUUAUGUAUAUUAGAUGUAAUAAACUUCAUCUUAUACAAAA